GUUCCUUUUUUUGUGUAAUUGUACAAAUCGUUGUUUCAUUUUCUUUGUAGUGUACUAGUCAAGUAAAAAUGGCAAAAACUACCUCCAGUGCUGUGAAAUCUUAUGAAGGAUGCAAUUUCCUAAGGCAACGCCUUAUUCUGUCAACAUUGUCCGGUAUCCCCGUGCGUAUAUCCGGUAUUCGGAUGCAUGAAGACGAGCCCGGUAUCCGAGAAUUUGAAGCGAGUUUUUUACGUUUGUUAGACAAAUUAACGAACGGUACGAAAAUCGAAGUCAACGAAACCGGUACCGGGAUUUUAUACAUCCCAGGGUUACUUGUUGGAGGAAACAUCGACCAUGAUUGCAGUACUGAACGUGGGUUGGGUUACUUUCUAGAAGCUGUAAUUCCUUUGGCACCUUUUUGUAAAAAAUCGAUAAAUAUGACCUUAAGAGGUGUGACCAAUGACCCAGUUGAUUUAUCAGUGGAUACCAUCAAAUAUGUGACACUGGCGUUAAUGAAGAAAUUUGGGAUCGAUGAAGGAUUGGAACUAAAGAUUCGAAAAAGAGGAGCGAAACCGGACGGUGGUGGCGAAGUUGUAUUUACUUGUCCAGUACGAAGGAAAUUGUCGCCUCUUCAUUUUACAGACUCUGGGAAACUGAAAAGAAUUCGUGGUACUGCGUACAGUAUGAAAGUCUCUCCUGCUUUUGCUAAUCGGAUUGUCGAUUCUUCGCGUGGCAUUUUAAAUAAGGUACUUUCUGAUAUUUACAUCUACACCGACCACGCUAAAGGAGAAACAUCGGGUAAUUCACCGGGAUUCGGAUUAUCUCUCAUGGUAGAAUCUACAACUGGAGUCAUGCUGAGUGCAGAAAAGUGUUCAAAUCCGAAAGGUCAGGGUGAAGCCGUUGUAGCAGAGGAUUUAGGACAAUCAGUUGCUGUAUCGUUACUACAAGAGGUAUACAGAGGCGGGUGUGUAGAUUCGGUGCACCAAAGUUUGGUGAUCCUUUACAUGGCACUAGGACAGAUGGAUGUCUCUAAAGUUUUGCUCGGCGAGUUAACACCGUAUACAAUUCAAUUUUUGAGACACAUGAAAGACUUUUUUAAUAUCAUGUAUAAAAUAGAGCUAAUGAAGAAGGAUACAGAGGAGGAGAGUUUUCGUGGGUCGCAUGAGAAGUAUAUAGUCUCCUGCAUGGGUGUUGGUUAUACGAAUUUGAGUAAAACAUCGAUAUAAGCGAUUCCAGAUAAACAAAAGUUUUAAAGUGUCUACAAUUUUCGCUCCUCCCCUUUGCAAUGAAUAUCGAUGAUGAUUUGCCAUUUGCCAAAAGUAUGUUUUAAAAUCAUAAAAUCAUCUCAUAACAUGACGAUUUAACUGCGAGCUAAAACUGUUAUCCUAUUUAAAUCUUCGAUUAAAACUAUUUCAUGUUUUCUAUAUAUAACCGCUGAAAGAUUUAUUUUGUACCAGUUCGACACUGACAUCAAAGAUCUGUCAUGGAUUAUUUUUAUUUUAAAUAACAGAUGUAGUUUUUCUUAUUUUGCUUUCUAAUAAUACAGCAUUGUUUCAUCUCA